AUGGAGUCUACAAAUCGCCUAAGUGCCAUCCAGACACUUCUAGUGAUCCAACGUUGGAUAGGACUUCUGAAGUGGGAAAACGAGGGAGAAGAUGGAGCUUUAAACUGGCUAAAACGUAUAUAUCCUUUUGUGCUGCACCUUCCACUGACCUUCACGUAUAUUGCGCUCAUGUGGUAUGAAGCUAUUGCCUCAUCGGAUUUCGAGGAAGCUGGUCAAGUGCUGUACAUGUCCAUAGCAGAACUGGCAUUGGUCACUAAACUCCUGAAUAUUUGGUAUCGACGCCAUGAGGCUGCUAAUCUAAUCCACGAAUUGCAACACGAUCCCGCAUUCAAUCUGCGAACUGCCGAGGAAAUCCAAUUCUGGCAGCAAAAUCAAAGGGACUUUAAGAGAAUAUUUUACUGGUACAUUGGAGGCAGCCUCUUCGUGGCUGUGAUGGGCUAUAUAAGCGUGUUUUUCCAGGAGGAUUACGAGCUGCCCUUCGGUUACUACGUGCCAUUCGAGUGGCGCACCAGGGAGCGAUAUUUCUACGCCUGGGCCUAUAAUGUGGUGGCCAUGACCCUGUGCUGUCUAUCGAACAUCCUGCUGGACACUUUGGGCUGCUAUUUCAUGUUCCACAUCGCCUCGCUCUUCAGGCUGCUGGGCAGGCGACUGGAGGCCCUGAAAUGUGCAACAGAGGAGAAAGCCAAGCCGGAGUUGCGCCGCAUUUUCCAACUGCACUCUAAAGUGCGGCGAUUGACGAGGGAAUGCGAAGUGCUGGUUUCGCCAUAUGUUCUAUCGCAAGUGGUCUUCAGUGCCUUCAUCAUCUGCUUCAGUGCCUAUCGACUGGUGCACAUGGGAUUCAGGCAGCGACCCGGACUCUUCGUGACCACCGUGCAAUUCGUGGCCGUCAUGAUUUUCCAGAUUUUCCUGCCCUGCUACUACGGCAAUGAGUUGACCUUUCACGCCAAUGCACUGACCAAUAGUGUCUUCACCACCAAUUGGCUGGAGUACUCCGUGGGCACGCGGAAGCUGCUCAACUGCUACAUGGAGUUCCUCAAGCGACCGGUGAAGGUGCGAGCUGGGGUGUUCUUCGAAAUAGGACUGCCCAUCUUUGUGAAGACCAUCAACAAUGCCUACAGUUUCUUCGCCCUGCUGCUGAAGAUAUCCAAGUAG